GGCAACUCUAUAAACUUUAUUAUUUGUUAAAAACAAUAAAUAAGGAAAAUUUACUGCAAACAUAAGCUUGUUGGCCAUAAUCAAGAAAAUGCUUACCAGUUUUCCACCCGGUGCUGUGCCAAAUUGGAUGCAUAAAUUAAAAAAUGGUGCAUACAUGUCAAAUAAAAUACUGGAACGCUGUUUGCUAUCGUCCAUGUCAGACGAUGAGGCCUGUCAGGCGGUGGAAGACGCUAUCAAGAAAGGUAUUUUAGUGCCAAAGGGAAAAGGUUCGCGAGCGAAAGGAAAACGUAUUUCGCUUUGUUUCGCACAAAAAAUAGGCGAACUACAGGAAUCCCAAAAGAUUGAUCCCUACUGCUUCGAGUGUCAUUUACCGGGUUCGGCCACCAGUCCACUUAAGAAAUGUCUUUCCUGUGAUCGCUGCUUUCAUGCGGCCUGCCAGCGUAAAAAUCCACAUCGUCCCAACUACUCGGUACCCUCGGACAAGGGUCAACCAUAUCGAUUUCCACUUAAUGAAUCUGAUAUGGAGGAUUCAUGCGACGAAGAGGUGGAGGAGGAGGAGACGCCUUCAAUAACUCCUAUUCCAGCGACUGGUGUAGCACAAAGUGAUCCGUAUGAACUUGAUUGCAAUAGCAAUAUUAACGUCAUUACUCGAGAUCCGCUCAAACGUGAAGCAGACAGCUCCGAUGAUGUAUUUUUCGUUAGCGAGCAGCCAGCUCGCCAGCGCAAACGACGCAGCACAUUCAUCAAAAGUGAGGAGGCUCCCAACGAGGUCAGCGACGAACUAGAGUUAUGUACACCCUGCCGCCUGUUAAAGCUUUCCGAUCUGCUAAAUCCGCCGCACGUAUCAGUUGAAGAAUUGAACUGCCUGCUGGGCUACAGUUGGCAAACAUACCACAGUUGGUUAAAAAAGGAUGUGCGGAAAUAUAUGGCAAAGCAUUGGAAUGAACGUGAUUCGGCAAUUGUUAAGAAUGUGCUCUUUAAGAACGACAUAUUGGGCCUCUCUGAUAUAUCUAGGAAUAUUGAGUUGAAGAAGUACAAGCAUUUGUCCGAGUUCCUCACUGACUUGCUCGACUUGCAGCAUAACACUGGUGUCUUCUUUGGAACCAACUGCGAGGAAUACAAUGCAACUAAAUGGCUUCUGCGCGACAUAACACACGAUAUACGUGAAAUACGCCGCUGCUCCGAUUGCUAUCGCUAUUCGAACGAAUCGGAUCGAUCCUCAUUUUGGUUCGCAAAGCCCUGCACGCAGCGUCACGAGCUAGUCUAUGCCAAGCAACAUGGUUCGCCUCAUUGGCCGGCAAAGGUUAUACGUGUGAUGUCCAAGAGGAGCAAUUUAUAUGAUGUGCGAUUUUUCGGAGGCACCCAUUCACGCGCCUUGGUGUCGGCGCGUGAUAUACUCCCAAUAGAUGCGGACAUUUCGCAACUAAACUCCAAAUGGAAGAGUACGCGUACGUUUAAUUUGGCACUUCGUGAACUCCGGUGUCAUAUGAUGUUGCUGCAUCAGCCUAUGUAUUUGUUUAAUUUCUCUGCUGAUCCUCGUGAAGCUGAGGAGCUAAUUAACCGUGCUUUACCCCAUUGCAUGGAGACAGCUGAUGUGAAUGCCUCAGCCAAACGUUCACGGGCUGGGACGCCAGCAUCAUCCAAGAAACGCAAAAUAACAUCCAUAACAACUUCGUCUCCAUUAACAACCGAACGCCUACAGCCCUUGCAACACUGCUCCAUGGUCUUAAGAUCAAAGACAAUUAAGGAAAUCACAACGCAGAUGGUGACGUCUUUGCCAAGACUUGGAACCAGUGAACCUUUUGCUGGCUAUCAUGAGAUGUUGCAAAAAGUUGUAUUCUUAAACGAGGAACUGAUACGAAACAAGGCUGAACUUGACAAUAUGAAAGAGGAGCUGAAGACAGUGAAACGUAAACGAUGGUGUCAUCAUUGUCUACAGGAGGCGGAAUUCAAUUGCUGCUUUACUGCAUCGUACUGCAGCGAUGAGUGCAAGCGGCGCGAUAAACGACGUCAUCAGAGCUCAUGUGGCCUGCAAUCAAAAUCCUAGU